AUGCUCACUCUUUCGGUCGAAGCUCAACUCGAGGGCGUUACUGCCCUCCUUCCCACUGACACCGAGGAGAAUCCUUACUUCUACACUUUCCGUGUUCAAUGUACCUCCUGCCACGAGACGCACCCCAACUGGGUCAGCUUCAACCGCUUCGAAGUGCACGAAGUUCCCGGUAGCCGCGGCGAGGCUAAUUUCGUGUGGAAGUGCCGACUUUGCACAAAAACUCACACUGCCUCCAUCACCAGCGGACCUAAGGCAUGCGAGGCUCAAGAGAAGAUUACUAGCCAGAAGAUCCUCGAAAUGGAUUGCCGUGGCCUUGAGUUCAUUGAGUUCAAGCCUGACGGCGAGUGGGAAGCCAAGGCCAUUGAUUCCAAUACCACUUUCUCCGGUAUCGAUCUUUCGGAGGGUGAGUGGUAUGACUACGAUGAGAAGAAGGGCGAGGAGGUCAGCAUCAAGGAGAUUACCUGGACUGUCGGCCGUUAA